CUUAUCCGCUCUAAAUAAUUGUUCUGUUUUAAAAUAUUCUUUCACAGAAGAAAUUCGUUGGCCCGUAUAAGCGUUCCGAGAAGAAAGCGAAGUAAUGCUCUUUUAUUGUUAGAACAAACUACUUUUCGAAACGAAAACAUAUUGACCGAAUGGAAAGUGUUGACUCAUCGUAUUAUUUUCCCGUAAUUCGAGUCCGGCGGAGAAGAAGAAUACCGACGUAAUUCUACCGUGAUCUUCGAUGCAUUAAAAUUACGAACCACCAACGAAAUUAGUAUCAUGGUAGAGUGCACCGAUCGCGGCAGAGAGGUUAGACGGGCAUUGACCGGUGAAUAGCGCGUGUCUGUCGUCCGACGGCAACUCUUCGAUUUCAAAAUCUUGGCAUCGUUAUCGUUUUUCAGCGCGCAGCUACGAGGAAAGUGAGAGGUUAUGUGUGUGACUUGAAAACCCUACAACGACGCGAAGGAAAAAGAGAGAAAAAGUGAAAGAACUACCGGUGAACUACUCAUCCGGCAUGCCGUGUGCGGUAGUGCCGAGGAUGUCGAAGAACGAGAACGCGUAUGACAGGUGUGAGAUAGCAAAGAUCGGAAAGAUCGGUGAGCGUGCGUGGCCAAGAGGAACGACCGAAAGAACGCGGCGGAUUUCGGUGGUGGCUAACGCGUGAUCAUUCCCGUUUAUGGAGGAUGCGGCAGAACCCGGAGGUGUCUCCACGUAGGCGUGCUACCUGCGUUCCAGUGAUGUCGGUGUCGGGGUUACUUGCAGCGCUGCUGGACCUGGACCAUGGCCGGCAAGCCUGAGCAGCCGUCCACGCACCCUGCUCUCCCGAAUCACGGUCAUCAUCAUCAUCAUAACCAACAGCAGCAGCAGCAGCAACACCAGCAACACCAGCAACAAACGCACCCGCAACAACAUCAAGAACAACAUCCUCAGCAUACACAGGGGAUUCAGCAAAAUAGUGUUCUAGUCUACGUAUCGGGAGAGAAUUUUGCGUACGCGACGGCGGUCGGUCAGAAUGCCGCCGCCGCUGCUGCUGCUGCCACCGCAGUCGGCUAUCAGUCUCCGCAGCAGGCGACGUACGCCGGCAUUCUGCCGCCGCAGGUGGCGACGGCGGCGGCGCCGUUUCCCGCCAAAACCGCCAUUUAUUGCAACGAUAACAACGGCGCUGUUGGAAGCGCGGUUAAUAACUGCUGCCGGCUAAAGCCACUCGAGUAUGUGUCCACCGAUGGGGAAUCGAGCCGGUCGGCGCGAUCCAUGUCCACCGGUAACACCGAAGACGAAGAAGAUUAUGGAACGAUCGUCUCGAACAACGGUUUGCUAUACAGACAGACGAGUCUGGUUCAAACGACCAGCACGUCCGCGACAUCUACCAUGACGUGCGUAGCGUCGGCAUGUGACAGUAAGAAUCCGGCGAAUCGGAAUCCAUUAGAAAACGAUUCGAAUAAUACCGAGAACCUCGCAACGAACGUGGAGCCGAUCGGCAAGAUAAACGCUGGUGAAAUGCUACCUAACAAAUUAUUUCCAUCGAGAAUCCACGGUGAAAUUUAUCCAGCGGCAGCAAGACUGGCCGACGGUUAUAAUAAUAGCAGUCAGAUCACGCAGGGUGAUCACGGGGAGGGUUGCGUUGGUCUUUUAAGCGACGACGCUUGUGUCGCUUACGUGCGACAGGGAAACGAACCGUCUCAAGCGUCCGCGAGUGUCUUUCAAGGUGACAGUGUCGAACAGCGUAUCAAUAUGGACGAGAAGAGCCGGCAACAGGACGGUUUCGAUAACCAAACCGGCUCGUCGCUUUCUUCGUCCAGUUCGAACGUCGGUGUUAGUGGUGGCGGUAGUGUUGUCGUUGUCGGUAGUGGUGGUAGUGGUGCAACUAGCUGUGACUCUGUCCGUUCUGAUACCGGUGAAUCGUCGACUUAUAGUAGCCUGAGCAGUCCCGAAAGUCAAAGUCAAUCGGCACACGACGGUUUGUCUGCUGCGACGGUUAACGGCGGCGGUGCGUGCGCGCAGCAGGCUGCGCGUCAGCCGUCGCUGCCACGCAUCAACGGCUCGAACAAUAACAAUUCUGUGCAACAAAAUGUAGUGCUGACGAUGAACGGUAGUGCGGUGGUUACGCAGCAACAGCAGCAGCAGCAACACGCGAUUACGGUACCACGUGGAUGGAAAAGGAUAUGCACCAACGGGGUCAUCAUUUAUAUCAGGUGA